GUCAAUGACCCCACUUUCCCAAUCUCAAUACAAGUUAUUGAAAAUAUCUUUGAUGAAUCUCAACCAAAAGUCGCUACUUCCUACAAAGCGUAGGAAGGAAGCUCUACUAACGGAACGAUGCUAAAAUCAGUGGCGAUUAUGGAUGACUCUCCAACAUGCUAGUGAUCCAAGGGACAUUUUAAAGGCAGUGGAAUUUGUUUUCUCUGUGGUCUUUUGGAGAUCCCUUUUUGUUCAUCUGUGUAUGUUGGUCUGGUACUGCUCGUUUGAGAGCUAGCCGCCUUAGGGUUUAGACGGUCUUGCCAAUUGUAUUUCCUGGCUAUUUCUUUAAGAGAGUGGUAUAAUAUCCAUAAUAACUUUCUACUAAAACUCAAGUUAUUGAAACCAAUUGAUUUUUAACCCUUUUCAACCUCCCUUUUUAUAAGAAAAAAGAAAAUGAAAGGUAAUUAUGCAUUUGUGCAAUUGCUUACCAAAACUUGAAUGGCAAAAUUUUUUUUUAAUUGGAAAGAGAAUAUGUAUGGAAGAAAAGCCAAGAUUUAUCCGUCAAUGGAGAGUUUUCGUUUCAUUUCCUUUUGCUACUUUGAAAACAAAAAUGAAGUAGCGUAAAAGACAGAGUCAGUUGAAGCCAAAGAGAAGAGAGAACUAAACUAAGCAAAGUUUGGCAAACUCGAACCACACUGUGGACUCCAAUCUAGAAAAAGACGAUGGAUUACCAAUCACUUUCUCCCUCCAACCCCAAACCCACGCACACGCCAUCUUCUACUCCCUCCUUCCUAUUUCCCCUCUUCCCCGCGAUCCUCAGAUCCAAUUCGCCGCCAUGAGACACAGAAAGCUCUUCCCUUCCCAAACCUCCAACACCACCUCUCUAAACUGCUCCGGAUUCUGCGAUCCCGCCUGCCCUCUCAACUGCUACCCACUUCCCGACGACGUCUACGUCCUUCCUCCCCCGCCGCCGGCCGACCAGGGAAUUUCCCCUCUCGUCAUCGUCAUCGUCUCCAUCUUAGCCGCCGUCUUCCUGCUCGUCAGCUACUACGUAAUCUUCGGCAAGUCCUUCUUGGAGCGGCGGGGGUUCCGGCAGCAGCUCCGUGGAGAAGAGGGCGAAUCAGGAGGAGGAGGAGGGGAGAACGAUCCCAAUGCCAACGUCGACGAGCAGCCGGACGUAUUGCUGGGCCGGAACCAAGUCCACCACCCGAUUUGGUACAUUGCCACCGUCGGAUUGCCUCAAUCGCUGAUCGAUUCAAUCACCGUCUGCAAAUUCAACAAGGGGGAAAGGCUGAUCGAAGGAACAGAGUGCUCUGUUUGCUUGAGCGAGUUUCAGGACGGAGACACCCUCCGGCUGCUGCCCAAAUGCAGCCACGCUUUCCACGUUUCCUGCAUCGACACGUGGCUCCGGUCCCACACCAACUGCCCGCUUUGCCGGGCCCAUAUCGUCGCGGACCUGGAGUCGGGUCGGGAUAAUUCGGACCCGCCUAGUCCUAUCACUACCGCCCGCGCGGAGGCCGAUGCUGACGUGGGUGUGGAUAGCGUACGGGUCGGAGCAGCAGCGGCGGAAAACGACGACGGAGAAGCCGAUAACAGCACAGGAGGAUUUGAGGGAUACUUUGGGGAUUCUAGGAAGAGAGUGAAGAAAUUGAGGAAGUCGUCCUCGAUGGAUUUUUUGGCGGCGAAUCUCGCAGUUUGCGACGAACCGACCGAAUCGGUUGGUUCGGGGACGAGUAGCGAUUCGGGAUCUUUCAGGCAGCCAUCGUGUUCGUCUUCCAUUGCGCAGUAUCUCCGGAAGAGCCCAGUUUCGAUGAAGAGGUCGAAUUCAUGCGGCGGGCGAUUCUUCUUGACGAGGAUUAAUAGAAGCCAGAGUCUGAUUCUUCCAUUGUGAACAUCCCAGGUUGGCGUUUCUUGGGGAUUAAUGUACAGUUUGAGAUUUGACAGGCACUCCUAAUCAAAGGGUUGGGGGGUGGGGGUGGGGGACAAAGGGGAUAUCGCUAAAGAUUUAAUUACGGUCCUCUGAGCAUUAAUAAUACAAAAUUCUAUCCGAUUAUGUAAUCUUUGAAGUAGAACUUAUGGAAUAAGAUUUUGUGACUUGUUGGUGGUGGUUUGGUGCCUCGGAACUCGGAAGAGAACAAAAAUGGUAUUUUUUUAGGGUUGAUAUCUUGGUUUGGUCCGUAGUUUGGCGUAAGGGACAGUUGUGGCCCGACUUUUGAAAUAAGACAUUUACGGUUUACUUUUCAAAGUAAUGAACAGAUUUAGCCUAA